AUGCUGGGUUGGAAUGAGAAUGGGCAUCGCUAUGGUAAAGCCCAGAAAUUCCAGUCCAUACUCGACUUGACAGACGCCAAGGUCCGCGCGAACCCGCUUGAAAUAGCUGUGAGGGCUGACGAUAGGGCCCUUUCAUAUGCUGAAAUUGACCGAUUGGCCAACAUAGUUUCUCAAGACAUUUCUGAACAAGGCUCGUAUCCCGAUGGGGAGUUUUUCUGUAUUUGCUUUGAUAAAUCGGCGGCGGCAAUUGUCUCGAUGCUUGCAGUGCUCAAAUCAGGAUCCGCCUCCAUGCCUUUGGGUCGUUCACAGCCUCCGGCGCGACUCGAGAGCUUGCUUAUUGGAGCUGAAGUUCAGAUUGUCCUGACUAGUCCAGCUCACGCUGAGUUACUGUCGACCCUCCCCUCUCACCGUCGCAUCGUGUCUGUGGAUCUACACGAUGUAGCUCAACGCCAACUAACCCAACCCUGUAACUCGAAUCACACAAUGGACGAGGCUCGAGCAGCCUAUAUUCUCUUCACAUCUGGAACUACGGGCCAGCCGAAGGGUGUAGUAGUUGACCACGGUGCAUGGUCCAGGGCAAUUGCCUCUCAAAUCGACCUUUUCCGGCGUUAA